GCUUCACAUUGUUGUGUGGAAGAAGCGGAAGUCGUCAAUUUUGACGGAAGUUGUGAGGAGAAUACCUCGUGAGAUAAGCUUGGCUGUUUGGACCGUUUAGUACUAAGAUUCUCAGCAAUGGUGAAGAUUUUUGUGGGGAACCUUCCUCAAGAAGCUACCGAGGAUGAAAUCAAGGAGCUCUUUGAGGAGCACGGCAUGGUCACUGAGUGCGCCAUCAUCAAGAACUUCGCCUUUGUCCAUAUGGAUGACCGUAAGGCUGCCACCAAAGCCAUCAGGACCCUUCAUCAGCACAAGCUCCACGGCACACCGAUCAACGUCGAGGCCAGUCACGGGAAGAACCAGGGCCCGGUGAAACUACAUGUAGCCAAUGUAGAAAAAGGAGCUGAUGACGAACUCCGUGCUCUGUUUGAAGAGUACGGUACGGUCACAGAGUGUGCUGUUGUCAAGAAUUUUGCUUUUGUGCACAUGCCCAACUAUGAUGAGGCCAUGGAUGCUAUGAAAGAACUAGAUAACUCUGAGUUUCAAGACAAACACAUCCAUGUUCAGGUUUCUAAGAGCCGACCUAGGUAUGAAGAAUGUGAAGACUACCCACCUCCUCCCCCUGACAGGGGAGGCUACUGGCCUCCACACUAUCCAGGAGAGCGGCCUGAGCCUCCCCCACCCGGCUACCUGAGGGCUCGCCCCAUGCCCCCUGGUUACCCAGGUCCUCCUCUGCCACCCCCUCCCCCGAGGCGGUCAGUUUAUCUAGAGCGGCCCUAUGACAGCGAAAGGGAGCGAUACAGUGUAGUAGAUUAUUACGAGAAAUACCGAGCUCGUCAGUAUGCCCGAUCUCCUUAUGAAGAGCAACGUGCUAUACCCCCACCUCCUCCGCCUCCGCCCUCAUCUGUCAUUCGAGACCGCCCUCUGACCUCACCGAUUAAUCCUUAUGAGCGUCGGCCCCUCCCUCCUCCCCCUCCGCCUCCCCCCUCAUCAUACUACGCACGAGAUCGCAGCCCAAUCAGGAGGGCUCCUAACGCACCGUUGCCCCCUCCGCCCAGUAACGGCUAUGCUUAUGAGCGCUCUCGACUCUCUCCUGUUUCCCGGGCCCCUGCAUAUGGCGUUCCACGCGCAAUGGACCCCUAUGCAGGCAGGCUGCCUCCGCCACCUGCACGUUAUGCAUAUUGACAAUUGAAGGAAUUUUGUCCGACUGCGUUGCGGCACGGCGCCUCCUGAUGCACGCAUCUCUAUCUCUUCAUCGCUGCGACUUGGCGCGUCUUGUAGUCCUUUGAUGAUUACAAGAAGAACCACACCGGCGUCGUCGACGUCUCUUUUUGUUUUAACUUGGGAGAGUUUUCUUUCUUUUACAUUUUUUUGGGAAUAAUACUACUAGUAGUAUUUUAAUUGUUUUGACGUCUGAGUAAACGCAUCGUAUGUUUCAGUUUCUUUAUUUUUUUGCAUCGUUUAAAUGAUUUUGAUUUAUGUGAGUCUGACAAACCUAAAUUAUGCCUGCAACAUAAUAACGUCAAAACUUUGGCCCUCGAACAGAAUUGUAGUCUGCACGUUUGUUCCGUCAUGUCAGUAAAACACUAAAUUCUCAAA